AUGGCAGAGAAGAGGGUCGAUGUCAAUUUGGAUGAGGUUUUGGAGGGGGUUAGCACGAAGUAUGGGGUGUAUAGAGAUUUCGGAUUAUGUUUGAAGUCAGAAUUCCUUCAAGGUAUUGACGAUUCAAGUCCUUCGACUCCUGAAGAUCUCAAUAAUGCUAUGAUUACUCCAGCAUUUAAAAUUCUCAAUAAUUCUAACUUAAGUCCUCGAUUUUAAAGAAAAGAGAACUGAGAUUUCUUAUGAUAACUCUAAAGAAUCCCAACAAGACCAAAAAGCCACAGGCCUGCACUCUCAAAAAAGGAUGUUUAAGCAAUCAUCUAGACAAAAAUUUAUUCUAAAAGGGAUAGAGCUAAAAUAACUUCAAGAUGAAGAAAAGAAAUAAUAAGAUAUUCAGAAAUAAGAACUUUUUAAUCCCGAAAUUAAAACAGAGACAUGACCACAAAGACCUCAAAGAGAAUGCAAACAGAGGUAAAACUCCAUACCUGCAGAUGAAGUUAGCCGAGAUUCUAAACCCAUCCCAAGUCAGGGAUUAUAACCCAGGCAAACUAGACGCGAAAGAUACCAGCCAGAUGAGGUAUAAAUACCUAAGAAAGAAAAUCUCUGAAGCUGACCUUCUCUUUGGCAAUAAACAAUCAAGGUGGUGGUCAAUCGUCCUCCAGGAAAGAAUUCAGUUCAAAAAAGCCAGAAAGACAAUUUCAAAAUUUGGAAUAAGAACUAAUAGGUUUACCAAAAGAAUAAAGGCAGCUAGAGUUAGUACAGAUGGGUCUCCGCAGGGUAAUAUCUUCAUUACUCGUGGUAGCGAGCCCAAGCAGGGCAAGAUCUUGAUAAAAGACCAUAAUAGCUCUUAUUCACACAAGCUGGAUCAAAAUACUAACAAAGGUUUCAAAGGGAUUAAUAUAACAAAUAUUGAACCCAAAGAAAACUCAAUAGAUCUGCAUAUCCCAGCACAACCUCAAGCAGGCAUAAACAUCAAAUGAUCUUCAGAGAAAAGUCAAGAAGAAAUAAAAGAAUGCCAACUAUUUGAUUGAAAGCAAAGCCAGAGUUAUGACUUUGGUGGCAGGGAAAUCAGCAAGACUGAUAAUCCAUUAUAUGAAGACUUAUACAAAAAUAGCCCAACUUAUAAUUUUACAAAAUUAGUCAACAAGAAAUUAAGGAGACGAUCGGAUAGCAUGCUUUCAAGAAAUUCUCUAUUUUCUCAAAGAGCACAAUCAGUGUUCUUAGAGAGAACACAGUUGGCAGAAGAUCAAAAUGAUCAUCCCCAGUUGACUGCAAUGCAAAUAUAUUACUCAAAUGUAGCUAAGAAAAUAGUCAAUAUGAAUGAAAUUAUAAGGACAAAGACAGAGCUGCCUUAUAAAGAUGAUUCUCGAAAGGAACAAAGGUCUCCUAAAGAUGAGCAUUAUCUCAAAUCCUCCUGUAUUAGAUCCUCUAAAAGGAGCAGCUCUAGUCUGACGAAUGAUCCUUACCAAUCAAUCGAAGAGAAGAAAGCUAAAAAGACUAUUAAAAAAAUCCCAGAGGUAUUUUGGAACAAAAGAUGCCACCAAAAAAACUGGAGCACAAGAAAUAUUUCAAUGAAAGAAAUUCCUGCUCGAAAUCUGAUCAAGAACAGUCGAUAUAAGCAAGAUAGGAAUUCUUUCAGGAACUCUCGUAAGGAAUCAGCUCCUUAUUUCCCAUUCAUCAGUGAUUAAGAAAGUAAGCUUUCA